UCCUGAAGCAGUUGACAGCCACCGCAAACUCACAGUGGAAUAUGUAUUAAGCAAAGGCUCGGGAAAGGUUUUAUUUUUGGAGUGGCUCUGAGAUUGCCCCUUCCAUUUGUAGGAAGGCUGCAGUAAAGAUCAAGAUGUGUCUUCUCAUCUCACACACAAGCCUGGGACUUGCCGACUGCAGCCUCUAAACCCCCGACCACCAUUCACUCAGGGUAUUUAUUCCCAAGUGAGUUGAUCACCUGUAUUGUGCACUUCUAGGGGUUAAAAUGCUGAUGGCUGUCACUUUUACAAAUGCCAAUCAACCAGGAUUGACCCAGCAGUAUCCUCCCCCUCUGCUGCCCAAGCCAAGCAAGGACAAUGCCAGGCUUCAGAAACUACUAAAGAAAACAGCUAAGAAAAAGGCACCUCCCCCAACAUCACAGACCCCCAUCCCCUUCCGCUCUAGUCUCUCUCCAGUGAGUGAAGCCAGUCCGGAUCUUGAGCACAGUGAACAUUCAACACCGCCAAAGACACCCGAAACACCUGCCUAUGCUGCAUCCCUGAUGCCCCCAAGGUUUUCAGUUAAACCUCUGGUUCAACAUGUAUCAUCUCCAUACCCAACUAAAAAAACGUUUUCUUUCAGCAAGUCUGAGAGUUUGUCACCCCAGCUUUUUAACCCUGCAAGAAGUCCCUUAGCACAUACUGGUCAGCCUUACAAACAUACUCCACUGUCUACAAGUCAUGAAAGGAACAUUUUCAUUUUUCCGCAGGAAAUAAAAGUCCAGGAGAUAGGACCAAAGUCUCCAGUCCACCCACUGCAUGGGGAAAUCCACUCAGCUAGCAGCACAGUUCCCAAAGCAAUAACCCCAGUGGAAACAGCAUCUACAAAUAAGGCCCAUCUUUCUGAUGUCCCAAGAGUCAAUUCUCACGCUGUUAAAGCUGCCAGUCAACCAUCACCUGCCGUUGGAGUUCCAAGAGCUAAAACACCUUUGUUUGAAGUUCCUCAAAUAAAGACAUUUACAUAUGAAGGUUACCGAGCUAAAACACCAACAUUUGAGGCAGCUCCAGCUAAAACAAAUACAAGUCAAAUUUCUACAUCUUCACUUCAAGUGCCCUCACUUAAAACACCUUCUUAUGAAGUCACAACAUCCGAAACAUCUACAUAUGAAACCACUAUAGUUGAAACAACUAAACAUGAAGUUCCUACAGCUAAAGCACUUUUACAUGAAGCACCCAGACCUAAAACACUAUCUCAUGGAACCUCUGCAGAUACGUCACUUCAUUAUCAAGUUGUGAGAGCUAAAACGCCUACAUAUGAAGUUUCUACAGUUACCACAACCUCAUAUGAAGUACCUAUAACUCGGCCACCUUUACAUGAAUGGUCUAGACCUAAAACCCCUUUAUACAAUGCAUCCAGACCUAAAACACCUUUGUAUGGAAUAUCUAUACCAGCAGCACCCUCAUAUGAAUGGUCUAGACCUAAAACACCUUCUUAUGAAAUUCAGAGAUCUAAAACACCUACAUAUGACAUGUCCCUGCCUAAAACAUCCACAAAUGAAGUCACUGCAGUUCAAACAACUACUUAUGAAAUUACUACUGCUAAAGCACUGUCAUAUGAAGUGCCCAGACUUGAAAUAUCAAGACCUAUAACACCUUCAUAUGGAAUUUCUAAAUCUACUGUAGCAUCAAAUGAGGUGUCUAAGCCUAAAACACCUUCAUAUGAAAGUCCCAGGCCUAAAACACCUUCUUAUGGAAUCUCUCCAACGACAGCUCCUUUGUGUGAUCUACCCAGAGUUAAAACCCCUACUUAUCAAGUACCCGCAGCUAAAACUCCAUUUUAUGAAGCCUCAAGACCCAAAACACCAUCUUAUGGAAUAUCUACUGCGACAAUACCUUCAUAUGAAGUGCCUAUACCCAAAACACCUUCUAAUGAAGUGUCAAGACCUAAGAUAUAUUAUUAUGGAACACAUACAGCUACAACAACUGUGCAUGAAGUAACCACACCUGAAACACCUUCCAAUAAUGUAGCAAGACCCAAAACACCCUCUUACGGAGCACCUACAGCUACAACUUCCUAUGAAAUGCCUAGACCCAAAACACCUUCUAAUGAAGUGUCAAGACCUAAGACACAUUAUUAUGGAACAUCUACAGUUUCAACAACUUCAUAUGAAGUAACCACACCUAAAACACCUUCUAAUGAUGUGGCAAGACCCAAAACACCCUCUUAUGAAGCACCUACAGCUAUAACACCAUCCUAUGACAUGCCUAGACCCAAAACACCUUCUAAUGAAGUGCCCAGACCGAAGACACCUUCUUAUGGAAUAACCACAGCUACAAUAACUUCAUAUGAAGUACCUAGAUCUAAAACACCUUCUAAUGCAGUGUCCAGCCCUAAAACGGCUUCUCGUGAUAUUCUGAGAGCUGAAACACCAACACAUGAACUAGCUAGAGCUACAACUCCUACAAGUGAAAUUCCUCCUAUGUCAGACAAUCAGCAAGCAAAAACACCUGCAAACGAAGCACCAAAACCCCAAACUCCCUCUGUUCAGACUCAAAGAGCUAAAACCCCUGUGCCUGAAACUGAAACUACUGCUGCAGCCCUUGUCCCAGAGGAUUCCAAGUCAAUAACCCCUGAGAUCGAAGUCCAGCCUGUUCAUCCUUUACAUAAAAAACCCCAAGCUGGAGAUGGCCUUCUGCAGGAAACACCAAAAGUCACAGAAACCAAGGCUGAUGUUACUAAGGAAAAGACUGCUGAGAAAGUUGCACCAGCAAGUUCUGAAAAAGACAAUCACCAGGCCAACUCGUUUCCCAAAGCAGAACCUUUGCUGAAAAUCCCCCAGAAAGCAAAGUCACUGAAAUCCAAAUUCAGUGGCUGGUCCCGUCUCAAGAAGCAUCUUGUUGUGGAGCCUGAAGAGCCUAAAUUUCCAGAACCAGAACCAGAGCAGCAACCUGAACCCGAGAAAGAGACGUUACAAAAGAAAGACAAGGAAAAGGAUGAAGAGAAGCCCUCACCAGAGGAGAACAAAAGUGAAAGUCAGGAUUUAGAGAAACACAAAGAUUCAAGGGCAACCAAGAUGUGGGAUGCGGUCCUCUUCAAAAUGUUUUCUGCCAAAGAAUGUAUAAAGCAACAAAUUAACAACAAUAGCAAGUCUGAACAAACAGAAACAAAACAAGAGGAAAAGAGAGAGUUUUCUUCACUCAUCUACAGGCUGCCUCUUCUCUUGUACAAACCACGAUUUGAUGCCAGGAAGUUAAAGGAAGCUGCUGCUAGGCCACUGGCAAAAAUCACUACUGUGUUUGAGAUGAGUCUUCUGAACCGCAAAAACACAGAGGAAGAACCUAAAGACUUUAACAGAAUUGCUAAGGGUUGGGAAUUGAAAUAAUAAUGAAGAAAUAUACAACAAUGCAACUCUACAGCAUAGCGCUGUGGAUAUUCAACUCUGGUAGAGUUAUAGCAGUUCCUUGCCUUUAAAAAUCAAAAUGUCUACUGUUUUUCUGUAAGUAAUAGGUGUUAGACAAGAUGUUUGGAGAUUGAAAAUAGGUGCCUGGAAAGCAAAUGACCCUCGAGAUGUAGAUUGAUGAGAACACAUAUUGGUGAUUUCUUUCAAAGUGCAUGAAAGUUAAACAUGUCAAAUUAUUAUAGUACACAUUUGAAAGUAGUAUUUUUCAAUAUGAAUUAAUUGCUACAGUGUAUCAAGGAGAAUGAUGUAUGUUUCGUCUUUAGGGUAAAAAAACAAGCAAGACUAAGCUAGAUAUACUGCACAAAGAUUAUUUUUUUUUUUAAAUAUAUUGGUGCAAAACCAGCAAUAAAAAUCUGAACAUUUUCAUUACCAGUAACAACCAAUGCACCUAUAUUUUACACUUAAAGUGAUAAUUUUCAUAACAUAGUUUUAAUCUUUUCAAAAUUUCAGACAUAAAUUUGGAACUGAAGCAUAACAUAUCCUUAUUAAAUCUGGAAAAAAUCUGUAAAGAACAAAUUCAUUUUUUUAAUUCUUUUCCAUAAAUCUUUACACAUGUAUUUGUGAAAACUAUGCUGUUUGAUUUUAAAGCUGUUUGCAAAAGGAAGGUUUUUAAGCACACUUGUUUGAUGGCAUAACAAACCACACCACAUCGUACAAUGGUCUGGGAAAUUAUGCAGAGACACAAGUUGAUCUGAAGGUCUAGAGUAAGUUAAACAAAAGAUUGGAAGCAGAAAACUACUAUUUGCAUAGUUAACAAUUUUGACAUUAAAGUUUAUUUCUAUAUAUAAUUGAUUUAAAUGAUAAUCACGCCUGUGCAUUUUAACAGCAGGUUUGGACAGGGUGUGUACAGUGCAAAGCAAAUCAUUCUCCAGACUACCAGUUGAAAUCUUGGUAUUGCAAAUUGCCAAAGUGCCAUUUAAAACAAAUAAUUUCUAAUAACAUAAAUACACACAAACUUCUAACAAACCUCUAAUGUUAAUGUUGAAGCAUCACAAUAAUAUAUUGUUACGCAGAAUCAAAUUGUAUAUAAUUUUCUUUUUCAGUCAUCACACCCUGGAGACUUUUUAAAACACCCCCUUAGAGCUUGCGAAUAUGUCUUCUCUCUAAGUACAGCUAGUACACCACAGUGUAACCGUUAACCUGUCCCCCUGCAACACUCUGCCCCUAGUGGAUGCAAGAUAUCCCAUCUUUAUUCAAUGUUUUUUUUUCAGAUGUACAUACUUGCAUCCAUUAGUGGUAAAGUAUUUCAAGAGGACAGGUUAAUGGUCACACUCUGGUGUACCAGCCGUAUUUAUUGAGAAGACAUGUUUGAGAACUAUAUUAAGGCCACAGGGGUGUUUUAAAUUUAAAAAGUCUCCAGGAUAUGAUGAUUGAAACAGAAAAUGAUAUACAAAGCGAAUCUAAACAAUAAUACAUGAGUGAAGAUAAAUGUGAUAUUUCAUAAUCAUACCAAGUUGCACUUUAAGCUCUGAAUUAAAUGUAAAUCGCAUUGCCCUGACACAGCUAUACUUAGUAAUGGUUAUGAAAAUGCCAUAAUAUUUAUUUAAUCUAGGUUUCUUUUAGUAUUACUGUAGAGUUCAAUUUAUGAGGGUGUUUCAAAUGGGGUCUAGAUUAAUUUUAGAUAUGCAAAUUAUAUAUGCCUGUUACCAAUAUAAGUCAUUGGAUAGGGACAUACCGCAUUUAGCUUUCAGUUGGCACCAUUUAUCAACACAUGCAUGCAGUGAAUUCUGGGAAUGGUUUCUUUUUAAAAUGGCAGCAUGGGAGUGCAGGUUUGAAAAUCUGAGGUCAGAAAGUAUGACUCUGGUGACAGCAUUUAGCCAAAGGGUGAAGGCUAUGUGUAACAAUACGUUAGGUGUACAAGUGCUUAGAGAAAUUCAAUGAAUGUUGUAUUAGCGCUGAGGAUGAGGCAUGACAAGCACAAGGUAAAAAGUAUAUUUGAUCAAGGCUGGGUCUUGUCAGAUCAAGACUGGGUCUUGUCAGAUCAAGGCUGGGUCUUGUCAGAUCAAGGCUGGGUCUUGUCAGAUCCUGCCACAUGCAUCUGUAUACAGCCCAGACCUGGCACCAAGUGACUGAUUUUUGCCCAGGGAAGAAGGUCCUGAGGGGAAGUCAGUUUGGAACCAAUGCCCAACUAUUUCGGUUUCAUUACAAGACAGUGGCAAGAUGGCAAAAGUUAUUUUAGAUGCAGGAAACAAAAUGUGAGGAGUUAGUGAAGCAUUCCUAAGCCUUUAAUCUAUUUAAUUUGAAACACCCUUGUAAUUUUCUAGGAUAGUUAUAUGAUAUUGUAUCUGCUUCUUAAUUGUGUAUGUUUAACAAGUGUUAAUGUUAAGAUGGAAAACAGCAAAACAGAGAGAAAUGAUCAAUAAAGGGUCAGGACAAGAGUUCAAUGCACAGAAAAGUGAAAAUGCCAAGCCUGGCUGGGCUAAACUUGAGAGCAAAGUCAUUGAAGUAUUUUGUGUUAUAACUGUUCACUGGCUUUCAAUAGUAUUCAUUAAUAAUUUCAAGGAAUGUGCUGAAAACUAGAAUGUUACUCUUUAAGAGAAUAUUCUUUACAAAUAGUCAUAUUGUAAUUUUGGGACACCAGGUGGUGCCAAACACAUUUUAGAGCUUAUUGAGUGAGCAUGAACAUUCCAAACAGAGGAACAACCUUUGUGCCAGGAAUGACCCUAUUGGCUAGAGGUCAAGGCACCGCUUUCUGUCCCUUUCCUAGUUGGAGGCAAAUAGGCUUAGGAUCGCUUGGUUUACAUCAUGGCACAUCAGGGUUAUCUGAUAACACAUGUCCUCUCUCUAUAAACACACAAGGGAUUAAGCACAUGACAUCGGACACAGUUGUAGUUUUUUCAAAACCAUGUAUGAACAAACCACAGACAAUCCAGAUCAAUAUCUACAUUACCCAUGAAGUUGAUACAGUACUGCUCACAGCAGGUUUUGAUACAAGAGCAGUAUUGACUUUGAUGGACAAAACACAACUCAAAAAAUAUAACUUUUUGUAUAAUAUUUAUAUCUAAUAUUAAUGUUUUGACCUCACCCUACAGCUACUGUAUGUGAAUAUUUGAGGGGGAAGGAUGUUCAGCCUUGUAAAGGAUAAUUGUAGCUUAAUCAUUUUGACUUGUAUAUAAAAAUGUAUACCCAUUGUUCUCUGCUUUAUGUAAUUGCAGUCUGCUUAAAUAUCUGUAUUGUAAUUUCUAGUAUAAACAUACAUUAUAUGCAGCCUGUAUUUUUUUGCUCAACAUUUAAAAACCUGAUAUCUACCAAUGUGUUUUAAUACAAAGGAUGGUUCCUGAUAGAGAUGCUAAAAUCAACAUUAAUAACCAAUACAAUAAUAUGUAUUCCUAAAUUAAUAACAAUGUAAUGUUAUGGAUUAGACAGUGAUUUCAUUAUUGCUUUAUAUAAAUAAGGUUGCUUUGGAACAGAGAACUAUUGUCCCUAUGUGAAUAAAGUGUUUUGAAAG